AUCGCAGUUCAGUCGUCAGGUCGUUGAUUAUCACGUUUUCGGAUUCUACUAUUUGAUUGAGCUGUAUUUUCGAAAUUAUUCAAUUCACCAAAAGUUUCCUGUAGUGCACGAUGUGAUUUUCUGCGCAACUAGCGUUCAAGGUCAACAAGAUAGAGUUGCUGGGGUAUCGCAGCUGAACUGUUCAUUGCUGCCAACCGAGAGCUCUGAGUGGCGAGUGGAGCCGAUAGUCAGUUCACAGUUGAGCUGGCACGUUGAACGGUUGAAGACUAUCAGUUGCGUACUGGCAGCGUAUCGUGCGGUUCGCAGCUCCUGUUAACUCUUCUCAAACACGGUUAGAUUUUGAGUUUUCUACUGCCAAUUGGAAUUCUCACCAUGUCGAAGAUCGAGCCCAUACGUAAUCCUGCAAUAAAAUUCACACAGUUGUUCAUCGAAAACAAGUGGCAGAACAGCUCGGAUGGCGCUACCUGCGACGUCAUUAACCCGGCCACAGAAGAGCUGAUUUGCAAAGUGCAGAUUGGAAACGAGUCUGACGUGAACGCUGCGGUUGCUGCCGCUCGUCGGGCGUUCCAGCCUGACGCUCCUUGGCGACUCAUGGACGCAUCGCAGCGAGGCAGGCUCAUGGAGAAGCUGUGUGACCUGAUCGAGCGCGACCGAACCUACCUGGCCAGUCUGGAAACGAUCGACAGCGGCAAGGCCUUCAGCAACGCCUACGAUGAGAUGGGAUACUCCGUAGACUGCCUGCGCUACUACGCGGGCUGGUGUGACAAGAUCCAUGGCACCACCGUGCCUUGUGAUGGCGAGUUCGUAUGCAUGACCCGACGAGAGCCUGUUGGUGUAGUGGGCCAGAUCAUCCCGUGGAACUAUCCUCUCAUGAUGGUCGCCUGGAAGUUAGGUCCUGCGCUCGCUACUGGCUGCACUAUCGUCCUCAAGCCCAGCGAGCUCACGCCCCUGAGUGCCCUGUACGUCGCCAGCCUCGUGGCCGAGGCGGGCUUCCCUCCAGGGGUCGUGAACAUCGUCGUCGGUUACGGCGUAGGCGUCGGCACGGCCAUCACCAACCACCCUGAUGUUGACAAGGUUGCGUUCACGGGUUCGACGGCUGUGGGUCGUGACGUCAUGAGAAGCGCGGCCGUCAGCAACCUCAAGCGAUGCACGUUCGAGCUCGGCGGCAAGAGCCCCCUGGUCGUGUGCGAGGACUGCCACGACUUGGACGAGGCAGUGAAGAUCAGCCACAACGCCAUUUUCGGCAACCACGGGCAGAACUGCUGUGCCGGCUCCCGCACCUUCGUGCACGAGUCCAUCUACGACGAGUUCGUCAAGAAGGCCACGGAGCUCGCGAAGAAGCGCGUGCUGGGAGACCCGUUCGCUGCUGACACGCAACAAGGGCCGCAAGUCAGCCAAGUUCAGAUGAACCGAAUCCUGAAGUACAUUGACUCGGGCGUGCGUGAUGGCGCCAAGGUGGAGUUCGGAGGUGCUCGCUGGGGGAACAAGGGCUUCUUCGUCUCACCCACCGUCUUCAGUGGCGUCACUGAUGACAUGACCAUCGCUAAAGAAGAGAUCUUCGGACCCGUCCAGUCUAUCCUGAAGUACUCCUCCUUCGAUGACGUCAUCCGACGCGCCAACGCCACGAGCUACGGCCUCGCCUCCGGUAUCCUUACAAAGGACAUCACUAAAGCGCUCUACUUCGCCAAGAGGAUCCAAGCAGGCAGUGUCUGGGUGAACUGUUAUGACGCUGUUCUAACACAAACGCCGUUCGGUGGCUUCAAACAGUCUGGUCACGGAAGAGAACUGGGAGAGUCUGGCUUGGACGAAUACUUGGAAGACAAAACCAUAACGAUCAAGGUACCAGCCAAGUUGUAAGACGUGAGGCGAGACCAGAAGAAUGAGACCGGGGCGUCCAAGUACUGUCAAAUAAAGCAUCAUUGCACGGCGUUGGCCAAGUUGUUCAAAAUAAAAUUUGAAAAUGAGA